AGGCCAUUUUACACACUUCACGCUCGUAGUUUACUCUCCUGUCUCUCACACACACACACACACUCUCUCUCUCUCUCUCUCCCUCUCUCUCUCUAGCUCUCAGCAAAAACCAAGUUGUGAUCCCGUUGUUUCUGGACCUCCAGUGUUGUUGAUUUCCGGUUCCUUUCGGCCGGAGAAUGGCAUAUAUGUGCGCGGACAGUGGAAAUCUAAUGGCGAUUGCCCAGCAAGUCAUCCAGCAGAAGCAGCAGCAGGAGCAGCAGCAGCAACAGCGCCACCAUCACCACCAGCCGCCGCUCGGUGCUUUCUCCCUCACUCCAUGGCCCAACAACAACCACCACACUCUCACUCAAAGCCCCAAUUUGGGCUUCGGGUUGACCGGGUCGGGGUUUUCCGACCCGUUUCAGCUUCCGGGAAGUUCCGACGCCGGUGGGGAGCCUGGGUUUCCGUUUCCUAACUUGGAUCACCACUCCGCCGGGUUUAGGUUUUCGGAUUUGGGCGGCGGUGGCCCGGCCGAGUUCGACUCGGACGAGUGGAUGGAUAGCAUAAUAGGCGGUGGGGAUUCAACGGAUAGUUCUAACCUGCCUUCUGCUUGCGACACGUGGCAGGGGAGCAAUUCUGAUUUCGGUCUCUACGGCGCCGAUCCGUUUCGACCCCACUGCCCGAGUCGACUCAGCAAUCCCUGUUCUCCGCCGUCAGAUCUCAACCGAGUCAUAUUCUCCGAGACUCAGAACCAAUUGCCAGCGUGGACUUCACCGCUGCCACAGCAACUACACCAGGUUUCGGUAAAGGAGUCCAAAUCAACCGACCCUCAGUCACUCCCAAACGACGCCGUCGGAGUGUCGUUAAGGUCGCCCGAGAUCGAGUCAGAACCGCCGCUGCUAAAAGCCCUCCUCGAAUGCGCCAGGCUAGCCGAGUCCGACCCCGACGGCGCUGUCAAGUCUCUGGUUCGACUCAGGGAAUCGGUCUCGGACCACGGGGAUCCAACUGAAAGAGUCGCCUUUUACUUCGCAGAAGCGCUGCAAAAUAGAGUGUCGUUUCUGCAAUUAGAGAAGAGCUUUACGACUGCGUACGACACUCCUUGCGAGGACUUCACGCUGUCGUACAAGGCCCUAAACGACGCAUGCCCGUAUUCCAAGUUUGCCCAUUUAACGGCGAACCAAGCGAUACUCGAAGCGACGGAGAGAGCUACCAAGAUCCACAUAGUCGACUUCGGAAUUGUCCAAGGGGUCCAAUGGGCGGCACUGCUGCAGGCUCUCGCGACCCGGUCCACCGGAAAACCGGUCAGUAUUCGGAUCUCCGGCAUACCCGCUCCUUCUCUUGGGGAUUCUCCGGCGGCCUCGCUAAUUGCUACUGGAAAUCGACUCCGAGAGUUCGCGAAGCUUCUGGAGCUCAACUUCGAGUUCGAACCGAUUCUGACUCCGGUUCACCAGCUUGACGAGUCGUGCGUUCGGGUGGACCCGGACGAGGCCUUGGCUGUGAACUUGGUGCUCCAAUUGUACAACCUGCUUGACGAGAAACCAACAGCAGUUCAAUCUGCUCUGAAGCUGGCGAAGUCUCUGAACCCUCAGGUUGUGACUUUGGGCGAGUACGAAGCGAAUUUGAACCGGGUCGGGUUCGCCAGCCGGUUCAAGAACGCAUUGAAGUACUACGCUGCGCUGUUCGAAUCGUUGGAGCCGAACAUGAUCCGAGACUCACCGGAGCGGCUGAAGGUGGAGAGGCUUUUACUGGGUCGACGAAUUGGCAGCUUGGUGGGGCCGGAGCAACCGGGAACCAAAAGAGAACGGUUCGAAGACAAAGAGCAGUGGAAGUAUCUGAUGGAAUGCUCCGGCUUUGAGCCGGUAGCCCUCAGCCAUUACUCCGUCAGCCAAGCGAAAAUCCUGCUCUGGAACUACAACUACAGUUCUUUGUAUUCUCUAAGGGAAUCUCCACCUGGGUUUCUCUCUUUGUCCUGGAAUGAAGUUCCUCUCUUCACAGUUUCUUCAUGGCGUUAAUGGGUUUUGCUUCGAUUUCGAAAUCGGGUUAUGGGGUUUUCGCCAGGUCUUUUUGUUCUGGGCCGGAGCCUGUUAGUUUCAGUACGCCAUUGACGGAAAUCAGAGAUGGAACUCAAGACUCUGCCUUAGUAAAAACCUUAACAGUUAGUAGUUACCAUCAGUGUUAAUUUUGAGCUUUUUGGGUGGCAAAUUGCUUGUUAAUUUCGUAGUUUGGUUCUAGGUUUUUUCAACUUCCUCUGUUUUUUGGCUUCUUGGUUGGGGCUUUUCUUACAGGUUUGACGUUUAAAACUAUGAAAUAUGACUAAUUGUAAAGAAAAAAAAAAAAAAAAAAAAAAGGGUAAUUGAAAUGAAAGGGUAAAAGGUUGUUCUCUGUAAUUCUGUCUGUAAAUUUGAAGCUUGAUAUUGAGUUUAGUUUCCAUUUGAUUUCAGCUUAA